AACACGAAGAGAAACAAAAGCACAGUUGUGGGUGCCUGAAACCAUGCGAGAUUUGCACUAUUCUCAUAGAACGCUGCUCUAUCCGUGGACCAUGUCGUGAGGUGUGGCUCCAGCGCUCGGGAUACUGCCAAUAAAUUCGCCUGGGAGCGGGGCAAAAGAUGUCCGCCUCGGUAGGGCCCCAAAGCGGCCCUCGCCCACCCACCGUGCCGGCUCCCAUGCCUGAUAUGCCGGACUUGAGCCACCUCACGGAGGAGGAAAGAGAAGUCAUCAUGGCAGUGAUGGUUCGGCAAAGGGAAGAAGAGGAGAAGGAACAAGCCAUGCUAAAGACACUGCACCAGCAGUUUGAGAGUUAUAAGGAGCAGGUGAGGAAGAUCGGGGCAGAAACGAAGCGACAGCAGGCUGUCCAUAAAGAUGAUGCACCUACCUGUGGCAUCUGCCGUAAGACCAAGUUUGCAGAUGGCUGUGGGCAUCUGUGCUCCUACUGCCAGACCAAGUUCUGUGCCCGCUGCGGGGGAAGAGUGUCGCUGCGCUCGAAUAACGUGAUGUGGGUAUGUAACCUGUGCAGGAAACAGCAGGAAAUCCUUACUAAAUCGGGAGAAUGGUUUUCAUCAGGGGCCGGGGGGAGGCCUCUUAGUGUGGGUUCUCCCCUCAGUGGCCCUGAGUUGGAAAAGGAGAGGAAGUUGCGCUCCAGAUCCCAGGUUCCGGGUGCCAACGACACUCUGCCACCCAACGCUGGUCCCGGUGACCAUCCAAAGGGAGCAGAUACAAUGCCCGCCUCACGCUCCCGCAGCGAACCACCACGAGAAAAGAGGCGGCCGGUGUCCAUGCAUGAGCAGAAUGGAAAAGUGAUUGGACGUGGAGAGAGAAGACGAGCUCCAGCCAGGUUAUCAUCGCAGGCCUCUGAAGACCGAGCACCAGGUGAGAAGCGAGACGGUAGACGACUAGAGAAAGACCACUCACAGGAGGAUGACCCCACCCACCCUGAGCGGCGAAGGAGGCAGGAGGAGGAAGAGCGAGAGCGGCAAAGACGUGAAGAAGAGUACCAGACCCGUUACCGGAGUGACCCCAAUCUAGCCCGCUACCCUGUUAAACCGCAAAAGGAGGAACAAGAAAUGCGCAUGCAUGCCAAAGUCUCCAAAAUGCGCCAGGAGCGUCAUCACAGUGACCUGGCCAUCAAUGAAGUGGGCCUGAUGCAAGAUGGUGGCGAAGCUGCUGGAAAUCGCAUUAGCAGGCAACGAGUAGCUAACAAUGAGGACCGCAAGACCCUUUUAGAAAAUCAUCGAGCUUAUUCAGUGGACAGGACCGUGGGGGGUGGUGUUGGGGGACAAGGGUCCCUCACUAAACAGGGUCAUGGUGGCCCUCACAUGGGCCCUAAUGGGCCUCCAGACCUCAGGGAUGGACAGGAUUGGGGCCCAAAGGGGCAUCUGGAACCUGGGUCUGCAGCUUUUCUGCACAGGGCCAAGCGGGAAAAAGCUGCAGAAAUCAUGCGUAAAGAUUCUUCUCUUAGCUCGGACCAGUCUGAGUCAUUACGGCCACCUCCACCAAGAGCCUACAGACCCAAACGAGGCCUCAACAAAAGGCAGAUGUCCAUCAGUAGCUCGGAAGAAGAAGGAGGCUCUACGCCUGAAUACACCAGCUGUGAGGAUGUGGAGAUAGAAAGUGUUAGUGAAAAAGGUGACUGGGACUGUCAUCCUCUGGACCCCACUGUGUGGCAUCAUCCAGUGAGUUGGCAGCCAUCCAAAGAGGGAGAUCAUUUGAUUGGCCGCAUCACUUUAAGUAAGCGAUCCACUAUGCCACGAGAAGCCGGUUCACUACUGGGUCUGAAGGUUGUUGGUGGAAAAAUGACAGAGUCUGGGAGACUGGGGGCCUUUAUCACCAAAGUAAAGAAAGGAAGUUUGGCUGACAUUGUUGGACAUUUACGAGCAGGCGAUGAGGUGUUGCAGUGGAAUGGAAAAGCGUUGCCUGGAGCAACUAAAAAGGAAGUGUAUAAUAUCAUUCUGGAGUCUCAGUCUGCACCUCAAGUGGAAAUAGUUGUUUCCAGACCAAUUGGAGAAACGCCAAGACUUCCAGGGACAUCACACCCUCCUCUAGAAUCAACUGGUUCAAGUUCUAUAGAUGAAUCUCAAAAGAUGGACCGUCCAUCUAUCUCUGUAAUGUCUCCGACUAGUCCCGGGAUGUUGAGAGACCUCCCUCUUGUACUGCCAGGCCAGCUGUCGGUGAAAUUAUGGUAUGAUAAAGUGGGCCAUCAGCUUAUCGUCAAUGUUCUACAAGCACGAGAACUGCCCCCUCGACCAGAUGGACGACCCAGGAAUCCCUACGUCAAAAUGUAUUUUCUUCCUGAUAGAAGUGACAAAAGCAAGAGACGGACAAAAACGGUGAAGAAGAGUGCAGAGCCAAAGUGGAACCAGACGUUUCUGUAUUCUCACGUCCAUCGCAGAGACUUCAGAGAACGCAUGCUGGAGAUCACAGUUUGGGAUCAGCCCAGAGCCCAGGAAGAAGAGAGUGAUUUUUUGGGAGAGAUUCUGAUUGAGCUGGAAACAGCUCUUUUGGAUGAUCAGGCACACUGGUACAAAUUCCAGACCCAUGACGUGUCGUCGUUACCGCUGCCCCAACCAUCCCCUUGCCUCCCGCGCAGACAUGUUCAUGGAGACAGUCCUAGUAAAAAACUGCAAAGAUCUCAUCGCAUCAUUGAAACAGAUUAUGAUGAUGGUUUAACAGUAGUGUCCUCAGCAGAGAGGAACUCCAGAGACAGAGAGAGGUCAAGCACACUGACUGUACCUGAGAGACAGGCGGCCAUACAGCAUCGCUCGCGGUCAGUUUCUCCGCACAGGGAAGACCAGUGUAGAGCUCGCUCUCGACCCGCACACAUCCCUAUGCAGAGGAGUCUGGAUGAGAUCCACCAGAACCGCCAUCAUUCCUACUCUCCCUCCCAUUACCACGACUCCCACCAGGAACAUCGAUCCGGAGACUCCGACUAUGAAUAUUCAGAGGACAGCGAGGUCCUGGAGAUGCACAGAUCAAUCCGAGGUGGGAGUGCUGAGUGCCUGCAUACAAACAGGAAAUUAACUAGGCACUGUAACACACUUCCCCCAAAGAUGCCGUUGUUAGUGAAUGGUAUACAUAAAGAUAUUUACAGCUCUACCCUUCCUGCAUGCUUAAAGAGCAAAGCACCACGACGAACAGAGAGGGAUGAAGUUGUCCCUCUUAGUGCCAUUCCACAGCGCAUUCUCAGGUUCACAGACGAGGUCAGCUCUGGUGAUCUUCAGCCUUCAUUAGACAGAGUAAGAAGUGCCAGCACAACUUGUUUGAGACCAGAGUUUCAUUCACCUGAAAGUCAUUUUCCAUUUCACAGGCAUUCUGGCAAUUUGGAUAGGCCAAGCUGUCAGAUAGCUAACAAGAAAACCAUUGAUGGUGACAGACUUCAGCCCACCUCUAUCCUGAGAGGCAGCAGGAGGAGGAGAGAGCCCACCCUCAGGCCUUUUGGCCAAACCAGCUUAGGGGGUUCCUGCCCAAACUCUCCUCGAGCUGACAGAGAUCUUCCACACGGUGGACAUUAUUCUCCAGCAGGGACUACAUCUUUAGGGCGCAGGGGACGACAGCUGCCACAACUCCCUGCAAAGAGCAGCAGUAUAGAACAAGACCAUGUCAACCGUAUACCUGAGGAGAAACCUAACUCAGCUCUAGCAGUAGAGGAACGAGCUCGUCAGUUGCAGAUGAGAGUGCACUCAUAUCGGCCGGGCUCUUCUGCCAACUCUGCUCAUGAUCCAGAGGCAGAGCUCAAGAACAGGAGAGAUAUGUACAAGGACCAGCGGAGGAGCUGUGACAACAUGUCUGCAAGGUCAUCAGACAGUGACAUGAGCGACGUAUCGGCCAUCUCUCAUGCCAGCAGUGCCUCACGGCUGAGCGCCACCAGCUACAUGUCCAUUCAGUCUGAAAGGCCACACGGGAGAAUCAGGUCAAAGUCAUUGGAAAGUUGUAAAGGAGAAGAAAAGAAAGAAAGAAGGAUUUCGUGGGGGGUGAAUGGAACAGACAACAGGAGGAGUCUGGGAAAGAGACGCUUCUCUGAGGAGCUUAAACGCAGAAGGCAUACGGUGGCUGGAGAUGUGAGUCGUCAAGUCAGAGCCUCUUCUGGUCGGAGUAUGCUGAAGAGCACAAGUGUUAGCGGUGACAUCAACACAUCUGAAAGAACAGACGGCAGCCAGUCUGACACUGCUCUGGGAACAGUUGGAACCGGAGCCAAAAAACGCCGGUCCAGCCUUAAUGCUCGAUUCGUGGCUAUUGUAGGAAACCGUCGCAGCCGAAGCACCUCACAAAUCAGUCAAACAGAAGCGUCUAAUAAGAAGUCGAAAGGCAGUCAAGGAACAAUCCAGCGCAGUCAGGAGACUGGAAUGGCUGUGGAAUUGCAGAGGAAUAUGAGUCGACAGCCAAGCCGGGAAUCCAACAACGGAAGCACGAAUAGCUACAACUCAGAGGGCAGUCCAAUCUUCCCAGCAGUUCGAGUUGAGACUCAAUUCAGUGACUUUCUGGAUGGCCUGGGCCCUGCUCAACUGGUUGGUCGACAAACCCUUGCCACACCAGCAAUUGGUGACAUUCAGAUUGGCAUGGUGAAUAAGAAAGGCCAGCUGGAGGUGGAGGUGAUAAGAGCACGAGGUCUAAUCCAAAAACCAGGAUCCAAAUCCCUGCCCGCUCCAUACGUCAAAGUCUAUCUUCUCCACAACGGGGCAUAUGUAGCUAAGAAGAAGACGAAAAUUGCACGCAAGACACUCGACCCACUGUACCAGCAGACGCUACAGUUUGAAGAAAGUCCGCAGGGAAAAGUGUUACAAGUAAUAGUCUGGGGAGAUUAUGGACGCAUGGACCACAAAUCCUUCAUGGGAGUUGCACAAAUCCUACUAGAAGAGCUGGACCUCUCCAGCAACGUGAUUGGCUGGUAUAAACUUUUCCCGCCUUCUUCCCUAGUCGACCCGACUCUUGCCUCUCUAACUCGACGUGCUUCUCAGUCAUCCCUGGACAAGGACAAUUCACCGGCACCUGCAGGGGUCCGAUCAUAGUGGACUAACAAAAAUAAAGCACAUUCAAUACACGCCGAGAGACAACGGGACAACAAUAAGAGCCAGGCAGAAAAUGCGAUGAAAUAACACAAAGCUUUGUUCAAAUCUGACAAUCACUCCUGUGACUUUGUUUUUAUGUCUCCUCUAUGUGGGUAGCCCGUGUUCUGCCAAAUUUGUUUGUCCUAAACAAAACCAUUCGUUUCUCUCACUGAGAUUUAGGGCUGUCUUCACUAGAACGUGGGAAGCACCGAUUUUGGGGGCGACGUUAGAAAGCAGGGUGGUCAUCACCUUAGAAUUAUAAGGUUCUAUCUUUUGUCAAAAUUGAGUUAUUGACAUACUCUUAUUAAAUGAUAACUUAUUUACAUUAUGGGAUGUUUUUUAUAACUUGUUUACAUUUUAAGACUUUUUAUUUAAAAAACAAAUGUUACACAUAUACUGUUGCUAUAUGGAAUGCAAAUAUUUUGAAGCUCAAUAUCUCUGAAUCAUUCAGAACGCAGAUAAAACCUUAUAAUUCCAAGGUGAUGAAGUCUUCAUUAUAGAAAUAAUGUACGUUAGCUAGUUUUUAACAGAGCUUCAGAAUGUAUUAACCCAAAAACAAAGGUGACCUCUGACCAAGGGAUUGUGGGGUUUCAGUUGAGGCCCUGUCUAAACCCUGUUUGUAUCGAAAGUCAAAGGUCAGGCACUGGAAAGAUGUAGGGUGUCCCCUGGGGAGGUUGUCCGGAAGGGCAGGGCCUUUCUUGGUGCCUAAACCUGGAGGACCCAAAGCCAUGGUCAGUUUAGUUAAAACAAACAAACAAAAAGAUCAUGUAGUUCCUCUGUUUUCAAUGUUUGUGACCGCUAACGGAGGCCAAAUUAAUUUUUAUUUACGUUUAUUUAUUGCCUUUUUUAAAAAAAGAAACUUGUCUAGCACGUUUUAUUGAAAACAAAAGGUUUGUGUUGUCCAGUGUACUGUGAAAAAAGAGGAAAUGCUAAACUGAAGACGUAUCUGGAAAAACACGUUUCUUUGCACAUUUAGUAACUUAAACUAUUUCAUUAUCCUACAGUACGUUGCAAUACAUAAUCUUAUUCAGUACGUUCCAUUUUUAGAUGUUUACACUUAUCAUUAAAUGCUAUUGAAAAGUAUAGAUUUAGUUCACGAAAAAAACUGUACUUGUGCAAUUUCCAGAUUUGAGUAAAGAUAAUCUGUUUUCAUAAAUCUUGAUAUAUAAUAGAGUUUUUCAGAUGCUAAACUACACUGUCAAAAAAAUUCUGUUCUGUAUUUAGUUAUUCAGGGUGAUGCAGUGGGUAGCGUUGUCGCCUCACAGCAAAAAGGUAAAUUGUUCUGGCCUUGGCUUGGUCAGUUGCCAUUUCUGUGUGGAGUUUGCACGUCUCCUCGUGUUCGCAUGCGUUUCCUCCGGGUGCUCCGGUUUCCCCCACAAGCACAAAUACAUGUGGGAUAGGUGAAUUGGGUUGGCUAAACUGUCCACAGUGUA